UUUUUUUUGGUCCUUGGCAGAACUUUCACCUCACCUGCAAGUCCAGGUUGGUCAAUGGUACCAAAUGUAAUAGAAGGGGGGAAAAUGCAACGGACAAAAAUUCGAACCCAGGCCUCCUGAAUAGGCCCUCAGUAGGCUACACCAAGAACAAGAUUUGUCGUAAGAGGCGACUAAAGGAGGCGGUCCUUCGGACAUGUCGGAUAUAAGACCGCACAAACUGAGUAUCUGGAGGCCCCGUGUCACAUAUCUUAUUUACGAAUAAAUAGUAAAUUACCGUAAAUCUGUAUUUCCAGUCCAAGAUUUACAUUAUGCCCUGCAUUGUUGGUUUACAAAAGAAGUCCGUCAUGUUUCGUGGAAAUCUAGUAAAUCUGAGGCUCUCGGAUAGUGAUCUUUAUCAUUUUUAAAGACAACUAGAGAUAGAAAUUAUUCGUGGACAAGAAAAUCGGGAUGACAUUUCAUUAAAUAUAAAAAAAUUCUGUUUGUAUUUACCUGCAAAAUUCAUCCGCCGUCCUUCUGGUAUAAAUAAUCCGCUCGCUGCACGUGGAUACCAAACGUGUAAAGAACGCGAUGGCCAGUAGAAGCGUUUUGAGAAAAAAUAAACACCUUAAUGGUGAUGUAACACCAACUAAACGACGAAAGACAAACACCAUUAGUACUAACGGAUCAACUCCCAAUGAUAAACGUCGAGAGACGAAAGGAUCAACUCCUAACGAUAAUCAAGGCUCCCUUGCAGAGGUGGAAUCUGUUGCAGAACUAAUAAGCAAUCAGAUUCGCCAUGUUCCAAAAAUUGGCAUUGUUUGUGGAUCAGGGCUGGGAGGACUUGCAGAUGUAGUGGAGGACAAGCAAAUCAUCAAGUACUCAGAGCUGGAGGGGUUCGCUGUCAGUACAGUUCCUGGCCAUGUUGGACAGUUUGUGUUUGGGUUGCUGAAUAAGACGCCAGUCAUGUUGAUGCAGGGACGGGUUCACGUGUACGAAGGUUACCCUCUUGAUCGAAUUGUUUUACCUAUCAGGGUUAUGUGGAAGAUGGGGAUUAAGACUCUGAUUUUAACAAACGCUGCCGGCGGAGUCAAUCCUGAGUUUAAAGUGGGAGAUGUCAUGAUAAUCAAAGAUCAUCUAAAUCUUCCUGGAUUUUGUGGCAUCAACCCCCUAAUUGGCAUCAAUGAUGACAGAAUUGGCCCAAGGUUUCCGCCAAUGUCUGACGCAUACAAUAGGGAGUACAGAGAUAUUGCAAAGGAAACGGCCAAAGAACUCGGAUUUUCUGACUUCAUGCGAGAAGGAGUAUACAGCUUUCUGACUGGGCCCACAUUUGAGACAGUCACGGAAUGCCGACUGUUACGCUUGAUUGGAACAGAUGCCACAGGAAUGAGUACCGUGCCAGAGGCCACUGUAGCACGUCACUGCGGAAUGGAGGUCUUGGCUAUGUCUCUCAUUACAAACUGUUGUGUGAUGGAGUUCGACUCGGACCAGAAGGCCAACCACGAAGAGGUGCUAGAGACUGGAAAGGCACGGUCAAAAGACAUACAGAAACUCAUCACGAAGAUCGUGGACAAGUUGUCCCCUCAGUAGAGUUCACACCCCGUGAUGUUUCUUGGCAGAACUUUGGGAUGGAAGUGGCGAGUCCAAUGAAGAUCUGAACAGAAAGUUGUAAUAUUUGUUAUACCAGCUGAGCAAAAAUUCUGGUAGUUUCAUGAAAUGUGUCUGCAUGUAAGAAAUUUCUACUAUCCAAAAAAUUUAAAAAAAAAAAAAAAAAAAAAAAAAAAAUUCGGCAUUAUGUUAUGAAAAGACAUGUUUACAUGAUCUCUAACAGUAUGUUGUCAAUGUGAAGCAGAUUAUUCUGUGAAAGUCGUGAUCUCAAAAGACGUGUAGUAUUAUGUUUUGGGGCAAAUUGGAAAAUAAUAGCGUUGUGAAUCUCAAAAUUAAGUCCAGAGUUUUAGUAAACAUACAUGUAUUGUAUUGCUAUUCUAUUUAUUAUUGCUCAGUUAAAGAGUAUAUUCCUUUUGUUUUGUAAGGAAUAGACUUGUAUUGUUAUAAUUGUACUUAUUACAUUCAGUAGAGCAUAGCUCAUUUGAGCUGAAAGAUCAAGUUAUUUUUUUCUGAUUAAAGUUUGUCCAUUGUCUGGCAUCGUCAUAAGACAUUUGUAAACUUUUUCACUUGUAACAUAUUUCAUGUACCGCUUGGCCAUUUUCGAUCAAACUUGGUGCCUAGAAUCUUAAGUAAAGGCGAUUCAGAUAAUGGACCAUGCCGCCUUCUCAGGUUAGACAAUCAAAAAACUGAAAAUAUUUCAGAGUGGGGUGUUCAAAAAUUAUUUUUCAGAACCAUUUCAUGAGAAAAGCUUAACACUUAUUAUGUUUAAGUUUAUUAACAGUGGGACCCUAAGGUUCCUUUUCACGAAAAAUCUGUGACUAAGAUAAUAAAAUUGUCUUGGCCUUGUACUCAGAGUGCCAUCACACCCUCAGUAGGUGUGCAGAUCAUGUCCAUUUACAUUUACUCAUUCAGAAAAAGAAACAUGAAAUGACAGUGUUUCCAAAUUUUCAUCCUAAUGAUAUUUUGUGGAAAGUGCCAAUAGACGGUGCAGGUGAGCAUUGUGGCCUCUUGUUAUCUUGUUAUGUCUGCAGUGCUUUAAUCUUCACAGACAAUGAAAUAGAUUUAACAAAGCCUUCAAUAAAAGUAUUUUAAAAUAUCAGCUUUAUCUAAUUUAGAUUUGUUAAGUGAAGCAGUUGAUACAUCAGUUUAUAUUUUUUUGUAAAUUUUUAUUUUUUUUUCUCCAUCCUUAUAUACAUGGUCAAAUUAAAUUUUGGUUAUUUACAAUUUUGAAUUUGUUACCUAAAGAUUCAUUGUAUUUUUAUAUUUACAUUUAUAUAAGGAAUGAAGCUUGUUUGUAUUAAUUGGGGAUAUAUAUUUUUCAUAUGAUGGGUAGUAUAAGACAAUUUGCAUAAUCGAUCGAGUCUACUUCCAUUUAUUUUAUACUCCCCAUAAUAUGAACAAACUAACUUUUUCCUGAUACUGAUGUUUUGUAUUAUAAGUUUUCUAUAUACAGUCUACUUCAGAUAUACUACAUUUACCUGAUCAGGAUAUACCUGGGUGUGACUGGUCAACAGGGGAUGCAUACUCCUCCUAGGCACCUGAUCCCACCUCUGGUGUGUCCAGGGGUGCGUGUUUACCCAACUAUCUAUUUUGUAUUGCUUAUAGGAGUUAUGAGAUUGAUCACUGUUCGUUAUCUUCACCUUUCAUAUUGAAAUUCAGGGGACCGACCUGAAUUGUUCAUUAUAUCCAAAGCUCAGUAUAAAAGAUGUUGAACUCUAGAAUAAAUAUGUCACUGGGGAUUUGAUUUUACUUCAAUAUAACAGAUAGUUCAAUAAACGACCCUCAGUAUAACAAACAGUUCAAUAUUGGUGAAUUCAAUAUAACAGAUAGUUCCAUAUACAGUCUACUCCACUUAUAUUGAAGUCACUUAUAUUGAACUAUCUGUUAUAUUGAAAUAAAAAUAGAUUCCCAGUAGGAUUAUUUACAUGGCUCAACAUCAGUUAUACUGAACGUUGGAUAUAAGGAACAAUUCAGGUCGGUCCCCAGAAUUUCAAUAUAUCUGGAGUGGACUUUAAAAGACUUCAGUAUAAAUGCAGUAGAUUGUAUAAAUAGGCUUUAACUGAAAGGUCAUUUGUAGGUUACAGUGCCUUUAUUGAGAAAUGAAAACAACGAAAUGAUGAGGUGUAUAAAGAUAUAUUAGAGAUGUAUUUAAGGUGUACAAGAGAUAACAUGGUGUUGAUUGUGUGGCGUUAUACGGUAAGGUGGACUAUGUUGGGGUGGGACGGAGAUUAGUGGGACACCGUGUUGUGUCAGAAUCUGUAAUGCGCUGUAGGAAUCGUAAAACUAGCCCAGUAUUCCGAGACAUUGUCCCGUCUUUUGAAGAUUUUGUAGAUGUUGGUAUUCAUGUAGUGUUUGAUGUGCUUGUUGUGUUGUUAUAGAUAGACAUAUCAUUUACCUUAGCAUUACUUUACAUGCAACUUUCUCAAAUUCAGCAUUCUAGAUACAUUCCUUCUGAAAGGAUUCGUAAUCCACAGCAGAUGUUUAACUGCAGACAAAAGUACAUCCAUUAACACAUACUGAUAAACUUGUGAAAUGUCGUCCAUUUCACGGGGAAUGGACAGGUGGGGAAAUGUUAAUAUUCCUCAUUAUUGGCAGUGAACUGACAUAAUCAAUCUUUGAGUAGGAAGUUGAUCACAUGAUCAUGUAAGUGUACUGAGCUGUACCUGCAGAGGGCAGUGUAUUCAGUGUUACCAUGACAAUGUCUCCAAGCUCUUGUUAGUUUUCACUAUUCCCGGAGAUGGCCAAUUAUUUUCAUUCUAUUUUGACACAUUCCAGUGAUUUUUAUAAGUUGUAUAUUUUGUUAUGUCCAGAAUUUUUGAUGAUUUUUCAGUCAAUUAUGUAUGAUCAUAUUCCAAGUAUUCUGAUUAAGUUUUGUGAUGCUACAUGUUUGUACAAGAUGGAGAAAAUGUAUGAAAAUACAAGAGGUUAAUCUCAAAUACCGGUACUUUAUGUAUAAAUACAACAUAUUAAUCUCAGAUACCGGUUAUGUAUGAAUUUAUUGUUUUGGGGAAUAAAAACCAGUGUUUUAAUGAAAUUUCCAAUUGUUUACCAACUAAAUCCGUAACUAUGUUUGAUUUGAUAUUGAUAAACAAGAUACAGAUAUAUUUUUAUUCACGAGUUAUAAUAUGAGAUGAGGUAUAUAUUUCAGAGAAUAAGUUUUUGUGGAAGCUGAUUCAAAAUUUGUGGAAGCUGUGUAUUGCUCAAAAGACGCGAGUUAGCAUUUCUGAGUUAGGGAUUGAAAAUUAGGUAACUUGCAAUUUUUUUUAGCUGUUUUACACCAGUAUUUCUCAGGUAGUACUCCAAUCAUAUCAGGUUCAAUUAAUUUUAUUGUAUUUAUCAUAGCCACAUAUUGAUUGCUUAUUACUGAUUCAUUCCCGUGAUUUACAACCUGUGAGUUAAGUUUGUCAUUUGAAGAUAUUGACAAAAUAGCGAGUAGGUGCAACAUAAGUUUCUUGCUUCGUGGGACUAUGUAACAUUUCUGAUUUUUCUUGCAGGCUGCUUAACUGUAGGUCUAACCUACAAUGACAUAUUGGUAUGUAGUUUGCAUGGAGUUGAGUGUUUGAUAAAGGUAUUCUAGAUCUGUCAUUAAGCUGUUUACAAUAUUGUUGGUAAAGCACCAACUUUUGUUAGUCAGAUUUAAUCUUAUCAAUAUUUUUAUAUCCAGUGUGCAUCGUAGAGAUUUUUGUUAAUGUACAUUGAAAUAUUAAAAAGUAAAAAGCU